AUGAAGAGUAAAUUAUCUAUUUUAUUUGUCAUUAACCUUUUACUCCUAAUCACCGUUAGCGAUGUAAUAAAGGGAGAUAAUAGUAUUAAUAAAAAUAAGGAUAUCUGGAAAUCUAGAUUUACUGUGGGAAAAGGAACGCCAAAGAAAAAUGAAGAUAUAAGUGAAAAAAAUAAGAAAAAAGAUAAUAAGAAAGAAAAAGAUGACAUCCAAACGGGUAUUAACAAUAGGGAUGAUAUGAACGAUUCACGCAGUAUAAUGCUUUUAAGAGAAAUUUACGAAAAAGACAACCAAUUGAGCAUUGUUAACAGAAAAAAGAAAAAGUAUAAAACAGCUACCUUUACCUUGGGUACACUAUUAACUAUAAUAGCAUUACGUACCAUAGCAGAUAUAGCCGUAAAAGGUAUUUCUAAGCUUUUCCAGAAGGAAGAAAGCAUGCUUAGUGGAUUAAUUUUUGAUAAAUGGAACAUUAAUAAUUUAGGGAAAAAGAACUUCUUUUUUGAUGCUUUAGAAUAA